CGGGCAAUAACACAGCCCCUCGCUUAAGCGGAACGACCCCCCCAUAACGGAAGAUCGGACGCUGGCUCGUUGGAGACGCCCCUACAGUUUACCUCGCCUUUUCCUCCUCGCUCGUGGACCGAAUAAGCAUGCAGCGAGACUCGACGGACGACGAAAGCGACGAGUCACCGUCAAGACCGCUGUCGAUCGUAGAGGAGGACGAAGAAGACGACGAAAUGACAACCCGUCCAACGACGUUCAAGGAGACGUCAGCCGCCUCUCCGAAGAAGCCGCCGCACAGGACCACGACGACCACGGGAGACGAGCAGCUCUCCUCCGGCGAAGGGACGCCCGCCGGAAGUUGUCACGACCCGUUUCUGUCACGUGGCUUGCACGACGUCACGGUCAACAUCCGGCGGUGCGGUCGUGCGGUUGAAAAAAUGUCCAACCCCGAGCGCAAGAGCAAGAAACCAUCGAGCAGCGCUUUCAAGCAGCAGCGGCUGUCGGCAUGGCAGCCCAUUCUAACAGCUGGGACGGUGCUGCCAACCUUCUUCGUCAUAGGCCUCGCAUUCGUCCCCAUAGGCAUCGGCCUCCUAGUUUCGUCCAAUGAGGUUCAAGAGUUCCAGUUUGACUACACGGACUGCAAAGAGAAGGGUAAAAACGUGACGUGUGCCUCCGUCAUAGAGAACGACAUCAAGAAGACAUGCGUGUGCCUUGAACGCAUCACACUGCCCGAAGAUUUCAAGUCGGAAGUGUACGUGUACUACGGCCUGACCAACUUCUACCAGAACCAUCGACGAUACGUCAAGUCCCGGGAUGACACGCAGCUCCUGGGCAAGCCACUUCAGACAAACCUCGACUGUGAACCCUUUGCGCAGGACCCCAAGACGGGAAAGCCCAUUGCACCCUGCGGUGCCAUCGCAAACAGCAUCUUCAAUGACACACUCACUCUCAAGUACCGUCACAAGCAAGAACAAAAUGGCAUCGAAGAUCCCACCGUAGUGAAAAUGCUGUUCGACAAGAUCGCCUGGCCGACUGACCGAAGGGUCAAGUUCAGGAAUCCACCAGGCAUGAACUUCAACGGCACUGCCAAGCCACCAAACUGGCCGCUUCCCGUAGAGGAAGUCGGGGGUUUCGAGAACGAGUCUCUGAUCGUCUGGAUGCGCACCGCUGCUCUGCCCACUUUCCGCAAGCUCUACGGCCGAGUAGACCACUCACAAGAGUUCUUCGUCAGCUCACUGCCCAAAGGGGACUAUGACCUGGAAAUUGUCUACCGCUACCCGGUGUUGCCAUUCAAGGGCAGCAAGCGCAUCAUCCUGUCCAACACCUCGUGGCUGGGCGGCCGCAACCCGUUCCUCGGCAUCGCCUACAUCGCCGUGGGCAGCCUCUGCCUCGCGCUGGCCUUCGUCUUCCUCGUCAUACACAACAAGUUCGGCAAGAACACACAUGACCUGGUGAACAUAACCCAGAGAACACCCUACUAACGCUGAUCGAGGCACCCUCAGCGUGUCUAUGCAUUCCACCGUGGAGGACAAGGGAUUCUGCCUUUCCUGCAGAGAGCCCGUAUCGGUGACCCACUUCACACUUAGCAAGCAUCCCAGUUCAACGUUGCAGCGAGUCGCAACUUGUGACGCCACUUUUAUUAGCGCUUG